AUGAAGUUCAAUAAUUUCUACGUCUUGUACAAACAAGACACCAGAUUAUUGUUGUACUGGCUGGUCAAGACUUCAAAUGGCAUCAUCCAGUCUCUGGAAGCUGCUGAUAAUGACUCGCCAUUGCAACUCAAUGUUACAGGUCAAGUCACUGUCUCGGAUCUUGUCCCUAUGUCGGAGCUCAUUGCAAAACACAACAUCGAAGUACCAUCUGCGAUAUUUGGUUUGUUCCAGUCUGUGAUUGAGUUGCGCUCUAUCUACUACUCUCAAUUUCAGCAGCUAGCAUCCGUAAGUCCUAGCGAAGAGCUUGAAAAGAAUAACGCAACGCACAAGUAUUUCAUCGACACCCUCACCAAAGCGUUCGACAUCUUGGGCAGUCAAGAGUGGAUAUCAAAUGAACACGAGAAACAAACAAAGAGAGGCGAAGAGGAACAUGGCUCUAGCAUUUUCGCCACUGCCAACAAGUUUUCAGUCUUGGACUUGAAUGGCAACUCAGAGAGUGAUGAUGCCGAUAACGAAGAGUCCGAAAAAGAGGCCAGCAGUGUCGCAAGUCCUCGGCAGAAGCGACGGAGACAAGCUGGAAAAGGCAAAAGAAAGAAAGGAAAGGGAAAGAAGGUGCAGCGGGAGCGAAAGACUUCACGAGUAGCUGACCAACCUCUUGACGAGAUACCACUAGAGAGCUACCGCAUAAUUGAGGACAACGCCAUGACAGAGUAUGUCAUGGCGGUGCUUGCGCUGACCCGAGACUGGAUCCAGCUUCGAUCAUUCCUUCAGGACAUUUGGCGAAGAGUAGCCUACAAGAACCUAAAUAGUGCAGUAGCGGCUACUCUCGCCAAAGUCGCUGUGGCAAUGGUCAAGCAAUCCGAGGCAACGAUUUUUGUUGACUUUCCAGAUUACGAAUCGUUUGAGAUGAUCAUGCAAACCCUCACGCGCGGGAAUAUCAGGAAAGCAGAAAAGGAGUUUCGCCUUACCAUCCGAGCUAACGAGAAGGAGGACUCGGCGAAACUUACUGAAGUGUCGCUAGACAUCAAGGAGCUUUUCCUUAUCAAUGCCUACGAAGAUCUCGUCGACUUCAUCAAGGACUACCAGAAGACAAGAAGCGGAAAACCGACGAAACGAAUGCUCGCCCAGCUCGAUGACUGGGAUCCUCAAUUCAAUAUACAGGACGCUACCAAGGAGGAGAGAAUCAAGUGGAGACGCUGUUAUACAAUCAACUGGUUGUAUGAUCUUGUCAACAUCACUGCGUGUGCCGCCCUAUUUGGUGCGGAUGCCAAGGGAGAAGGCUUUGUAUUAGAGGAUGUGGACUGGUCAAACAAUGGCCCGUUGAAAUCUCAUUACAGGAUGUUUGGCUUGAUGGACUUCGCCGCACAAAUAACGACGCUUGCGAUGCAGAAACCCGGCAUUGCCUUUAGCCACAAAAUCCCACCUCACCUCGUGUUUUAUCUUCAGUGCAUUAUGGAUGCCUGGACCAUCUCUCGCGGAUGGGCAAUCAGCGGUGUCAAGGGCCACAUCAUCAGCGAGCCGGCGCAUGGCUUUCAACCGCGACGUGACUUGGACAUUUUUCUCGGCCGAGGGAGCUGGGCGUCUUCGGGCCACGGAUUCUUCCAGGGCACGUAUAACCUCAAGUCGUUCUACCUGCGCUUCCAGAAUAGUGGCAGGUCAUUUGAGCACACAAUGGACUGCAUAGGGAUACUUGAAAAGCUCAGUGUUGAAUUUAACGAGGCUUUGGGAAGAUGCGAUCUCUUCCGCCAGCUAUCAGCCGUACUACCUUCUCGCUUCUCGUCGACAAAUCCGAAUGGUGUUUGGGACUACUCUCCCUUUUUCUGCGGCGCUGGUCUGGCAGAAGGGCUCGAGAUCACUUAUCGGAGCAUCAUGGUUCUGUGGGAUGGUAUGCGAGAGCCAAUGCUUGUCCUUCAUCUACACAACAUGCUUGUGCAAAAGGGAUAUCUCAAAGGACCUAUAGAGAUGUACAUUCGCUUGGACAUCAUGUUCUCUGAAAGCUUCUACUUGGAAGGGAAACGCCCCAAGGACAACUUUGUCGACUCUUUUCAAUCCCACGUCCACAAGAUGGUGACUCGCAAAGAAUUCCUUCAAGAGCGAGCAAAUCGCCGGGCAGCAUCUUCAGUCACCCAUACCCGCGAUUUUCUAAAACUCGUCAUUCUACGUCUGUUUAAGCAGAAGUCGAUCCUGCUUCUAUACAGUGAGGCCGAUUGGGAUCCAUCACGAAUCCCAGAUUCCGAUAUCGAGCCAAUGUCGGCUCUGGGGAUGAUUCGGCUCGCCCAAACGAAGCGCAUUCGCAACUCAGCAAGAUGUCCUUGGCGGCUGGAGGAAACGGAAUUAGUCAAGCGAAGUUACGCUGCGGGCAUAGAUUAUAUGUUCAUAAUGGCGCUUGAUCCCAAGGCGAACGACGACGAAGAAAUUAGAGACGGAGAAUUCACCGCGGAGAUGAUACUGAGCACGCUCUGGAACGACAUCCACGGCGACAUUUGUGGUGGUCUUCGUCCCCUCUCAAGCCUCAACUACCUAUGGAUUACAGUACGAAUUCUACAGUAUUUCGAAGAACUCGAAAAAGAGGCUGAAAACAGCGGCAGCACCAUGAUCAGAGCUCUUUAUAGUCGCAAUGAAGCCGGUGAUAGCUCUUGCUCCAUUCAAGGCGAUAAAAGGCUGCUCCUUUCGCUGCGUGCUCUCGACGGCAAGGACCGAGAGCUCCUGAAGACGAUGGCAAAGACGUUUGAGAGGUGUGGGGGAAGUAUGGCUGAUUUCAUGUACUGGCCUGACGAGGGAUCGAUGGCAGAAGCAACUGAUGGACCGGUGGUGGAAGCUGGAAGCCCAGACUGCUGUGUGAUGUAG